UAUCGAAUAUUUACGUGCUUUUUAAUCAAAAGAUACUAGCUUCAUCAUGCAACAAAACAACCAAUUGCAACAGCCCGAAGAUUCACAGAGAAAUGCACUGAAUUACCAAUUUUCCCCGGAAGAGUUGCGAGUCCUUCGCGAGUGCAAUCGUGAAUCCUUCUUUCAACGAUCUCUUCCACUUGGGACGGUGAUGGGAUUUGGUGCUUGGUAUGCAGUACACAAUAAGUACCUUAAGGCAAGUGUUCGGUUCGGUCCCGCCCCGAAGGUAUUGGUGGGCGUUACGCUCGGUUACUUCAUCGGCAAAAUAAGCUACCAGAGCAAAUGUGCCGAAAAGAUUCUACAGCUGCCCAACUCUCGAUUGGCCGACAUGAUGCGACAGCGCCGCCAAGGAACCACGGGAAUGGCCGAUAAGUUCCUUCCGGAUCAAGGUUUCGGUGCUUCGAGUAUGCUGACACCGUUCGAAACUACACCGGCACGUGAACGACAAGCUGACGAAUCCUUCCUCAGCAACGGUUCGAUGAACCUAUACUACGACGGUCCACAAUAUUCAGGACUGGAUGAUAGCGGCCGUCCAACUGUUGACUCUACCACAAAUUUCGAAGAGGAUCUUCAGUUGCCACUCGCACCGAAAGCAUCCAAAAGCUACGAGGAACUGCGACGACAGAAUCGAGAGGAGUAUCUCAAGCGUCAGCAGCAACCAUACCGGCCGGCAACGAUCCUCGAAGACAGUCCACCUAUUCGACGCGAUAUGGCAGAACGGCGUGGCAGUGCAUCUUCGGCAGAGGAACCUUCGAUGCCACCGGGACCACCAUCUGUCAAGAACAAGUAUGGCGAUGCAUGGUCACAGUAAAAAUCGUUCUUUAAAGCAUUUUGUAGAUACUUAUCGGAAAGCUUAGUAGAGAUUAAAGAUA